GGGCUGGGAAGAGCCAGGGGCAAAGAGGGACGGGACAGGGCGAGGGCGGAAGGGGAGGCGGGCCGAAGGGGAGGCGGGGCGCCUCUCUGGUGGCCUCCUGCCUUGGCCCCGAGGCCCCAGCCCACUCGGCUCCCGGGCGGUGGAGGCAGUAGCAGCACGUGGGCCAUGGCGGAGGACGGGCCCGAGCCGACGCAGCUCGACAUGCCGCUGGUCCUGGAUCAGGGCCUGACCAGGCAGAUGCGGCUGCGCGUGGAGAGCCUGAGGCAGCGCGGGGAGAAGCGCCAGGACGGGGAGAAGCUGCUGCGGCCGGCCGAGUCCGUGUACCGCAUCGACUUCAUCCGGCAGCAGAGGCUGCAGUUUGAGCGCUGGGACGUCGUGCUGGACAAGCCGGGCAAGGUCACCAUCACGGGCACCUCGCAGAACUGGACGCCUGACCUCACCAACCUCAUGACGCGGCAGCUGCUGGACCCCGCUGCCAUCUUCUGGCGCAAGGAGGACUCGGAAGCCAUGGAUUGGAAUGAGGCUGACGCCCUGGAGUUCGGGGAGCGCCUGUCCGACCUGGCCAAGAUCCGCAAGGUCAUGUACUUCCUCCUCACCUUCAGCGAGGGCGUCGAGCCCGCCAACCUCAAGGCCUCCGUGGUCUUUAGCCAGCUCUGAUGGCAGCUCCCGCUGCCACCUCUCCUCUUGUCCACCUGCCUGUCCCCUGCCUGUCCCCCUUUCCCCCAGGUGUGUGUUUGGGGACGUUCUUCUAGCUGCAGGCCUGUACUUGGCUUGGCCGGGACCCCUGAGCCCGCGUCCUUCCUCCUCUCCUUUCCCGGGUGCUGGCGCUCCUGCUCACGGGAGGGAGAUGCAAAGGCUCCGUAGUCUAGAAGCGGACCUGGCUGGCGCUGCUCCUGCUGUAGACCAUGGGGACCUGGUCGGGGCUCGUGUGGGAAGAUGGGGAGGCCGUGGGAGGUUGCCUUCUCUGGGCUCUGUUUUUUGGGAGAGAGACCAAGACAGAGGCAGAUCUAAAGAACCAGCCAUCCGGCUUCCUCCAGAGACAGGGAAGUGGAGACGGCAAGCAGCCUCCUUGGAGAGUCUGGCAAACAGGCAGUUGCUGCCCCCCUGGCCACAAUGCCCUCUUCCAGAGUUUGUGUCCGGAGGUGGACACUCAGCCUGAGAACCCAGGAAGGUGCUUCUCUGGGCACCCUGUGUGGUCCCAUGACGGCUUG